AACAAGAAAAUGGAAACCAUGCUGCAAGUUCGUAUCAUUUCAAGAGAAAUGGUGAAGCCUUCAUCACCGACGCCCUCUCACCUAAAAACGUUAAAAUUCUCCCUCUUUGACCAGUUGAAUGUAACCAAAAUCUAUUUUCCAACAAUCUUCUUUUACCCUAGAAAUGAUGGGCUUGACAAACUUGAGCAAAUAUCAAGUGGAUUGAAGAAAUCGCUGUCGGAAGCUCUAUCUCGCUUCUACCCUUUGUCAGGAAGGGAAAAAGAUCAAUUCUGUGUGGAUUGUAACGACGAGGGAGUCCCCUAUUUGGAAGCCCUUGUGGACUAUAAAUUGUCCGACUUUCUCCAACCACCCAAAAUAGAUUUUCUCAACCAUUUGCUUCCAUGCAAUCCCGGCGUGAAAAUCCAAGACCGCGCUUCGGCGCCCUUCCUUGCCGUUCAACUUAAUGUCUUCAAUUGUGGUGCAAUAGCAAUUAGCGUUUGCACGAGUCACGUCAUCGCUGAUGGGCUCUCAGCCAGUGCGUUCAUUAAAAGUUGGGCGGCCAUCGCACGUGGGGCUGAUGAUCAACUCUUUCGCCCCGACUUCACCACAGCAUCCACGCUGUUUCCUCCAAUAGAUGUGGAGUCGUUGAUUGGUUCAAAUCGAGUCACGCUCGCUUACAAUAAAGAAGCAUCAUGCGUGACGAGGAGGUUUGUGUUUGAUGCGAAUGCUUUAGCCUCCCUGACGGCGAAAGCGAGAAGCGAAUACGUGCCAAACCCCACGCGCUACGAAUCGUUGAGUGCACUUAUUUGGAUGUGUUUGAUGAGAUCAUCAAAUUUGCCAACUGGACCGUGCUUCGUGGAGCAUGCGGUGGACGUGAGAAGGCGAGUAGGGGAACCCUUGUCUGCUUAUUCCAUGGGAAAUGCAGUAAUCGUAGCCAGCGGAGUUUAUCAUCAUCAUCAUCAUCAUGAGUCAGCAGCUGCUGACACAGAUAUUGUUAGACUACAGGAGUUGGUGACCAUAGUAAGCCAAUCCAUCGAGGAAGUGAAUGUGGAUUUUUUGACAAGUUUACGAGGUGAGCAAGGGUUUUUGUCGAUUCUUGUUUACGCCAAAGGCUUAGCGGAGAUGCUUCAAAAAGGAGAGCCAGAAUCAUAUGGGUUUACAAAUUGGUGUAAUUUUGGUUUCAAGGAGGUUGAUUUUGGAUGGGGGAAGCCGGUUUGGGUAAGUAUUGGUGGGCAAAGUUGGGGGUUUACUAAUUGUGUUCUUUUCAAGGAUGUGGACGGUGUGGGUGCGGGUGCGGGCAUAGAGGUAUGGGUGACUUUAGAGGAAAAACAAAUGCUUGUGUUUCAAAAUGACCCACAACUGCUUGCUUUUGCCUUGCCCAAUCCCCCCGUUUCUUUUUCGGAACCCAAUUAAUCAUCACUAGCUUAUUUGCCAAAUAAACACGUACGUACGUACGUACGGACAGUGAGAUCACCUCCAUCCUUCACUGUACCGUGUACCUACGCCGAUCGAUCAACUUUUUCCGUUUUAUGUACGUCUGUAGUUUUUUUUUUUUUAGAGGUUAGAGGAGAGGAUCUUUUCCAUGUACCUCUGUAGUUUGUUUUUCCGUUUUAUGUCUUUCUCAAAUAAAUUGUAUUUCUGUCGGAAUGGAAGAAAACAAAUCUUUCAUCAUGCAUGCAUUAACCGAAUCUCAUGCAUGAUAUGUCUCGUGCAUGUUGUCGGAUGUGUAAACUAUCUAUUUGGCAAAUUAGCCAUUAAUUAUUUGCACAACCAGU